CUUCUUCCUUCUCCAGAAAUGCGCUGUGAUGAUGCAGAGCCCCAAGAUUCACGGUCGCUCCGCUGAGGACUCUCCUCCUCUCAAGACCUCUUAUGCCACCACCAAGAAGUCCCACGAUCCGUGGGUUCAUCUCUUAGCCGGCGCGAGCGGAGGUUUCGCAACUGCUAUCGCCACAUCUCCCCUCGAUGUCCUGAGGACACGCCUCCAAUCCGAUUUCUAUCAACGUCCUCCUUCCUCUUCCGCAACCUCCGCUGCCACUGGCCCUAUCCCCAAACACACGAGCCACAAGACCGCCCGAAUCAUCAGCAAUAUCUACCAAGCAGAAGGAUGGCGAGCCUUCUUUCGCGGUCUCGGUCCUAGCCUUGCUGGUGUGGUCCCGGCGACCGCCAUCAAAUUCUAUGUCUACGGAAACUGCAAGCGGAUCGGUGCCCAACUGCUAGGAACGGGCGAAGACUCAAUCCUCGUACAUGCGCAGGCCGCCAUUUCCGCGGGUAUUGCAACAGCCACGGCCACGAAUCCGAUUUGGCUGGUCAAGACACGCUUGCAAUUGGAUAAGGCUCAAGCCACGACCGGAACCCGCCGGUACAAGAACAGUCUGGACUGUGUUCGCCAGGUGCUUCGUCAGGAAGGCAUCAGGGGCUUGUACAAGGGACUUAGCGCGAGCUAUCUGGGCUCUUUAGAGACUGCGCUUCACUUGGUUCUUUACGAACGGAUAAAAACUACUUUGCAUACCUCGCUCGGCUCGCCGGAUGGCAAGGAUACCGCCACGCAAAAGGAAAUCACGAGCUGGCUCAGCACAACCGGUGCGGCGGGAUCCGCCAAGUUUGCUGCUGCUCUUAUUGCUUAUCCCCACGAGGUCAUCCGAACACGACUUCGCCAAGCACCCAUGGAAAACGGCGUUCCCAAAUACACCGGCUUGCUGCAGUGCUUCCGACUCAUCGCCAAGGAAGAAGGCAUGGCUGGCCUCUACGGAGGCCUGAUGCCGCACAUGGUCCGCUCGAUUCCCUCGGCCAUCAUCACCCUGGGCGUCUACGAAUUCGUCCUGCGAUUCGUCGGCACAUCGUCAUAAACAAAACUCUCACAACACAACAAUAAGUGCAAUUCGCACACUGUACUAUAUCACCACGAAUCGGUCUGCCGUAUCAAGUCUUUGCUAGACGAGGCGCCGUCGUGACCUAAUUGCAUGUAUUCUUACCUGGGCGUUGGGGGUCUGGAAUUUUCGAGGCUGUGCAUAGAAUCUCCUUUCCGAGGAAUGUACCAUACAUUACAACACAUCGCUUGUCAUUAUCAUCAAUCAAGAUAGAUUGGAUCCCUGGAGUUCUUACAUUGGCUGUUAAGCGCCGUGUCUUUUUGUUGGGGAAGUUGGAAACAGAGUAUUCCCGCUUAUGGGCAUAAAAUCCCGAAUUCAUUGAUUAUACCAUUGAACAUAUAAUUUAUACAUCAUUCGAUGGCGAGCAUGCGAAUAAUUGCUCUAAAGAAAAAACCCUAAAAACAGUGCCUCGGUAGGCACGAGAACAUACCGGAGUUGGAAGGAUUGAAAAAAAAUCCGGGUAUGAAAUUUUUGCUCAGAAACGCCAUGCAACGCUUGUCCAAAGUAAAGGGGUUGAGAAUACGCGGACAGCCAUUCUGGGCUGAGCGCAAGAGAAGAGAUAAGUACAUGAGAGGGGGUAUCCGGGUCUAUCAAGGCGACUCUUCAUCAGCUGCCUCCUCCACAGUGGCUGCCCGGUUCUUGCCCUUGGAUGGGGAUUCGGCGGGGGCAGGGUCGAUAUCAGCAUCUACUUUGCUGGUUUGGUCGGUGCUGCCCCAGGCAGGAGGAACCACGGAGGGACCAGCCUCUGGAACAUGCUCGGAUUGCACGUCUGUCCACUCUUGGGAUGGCGAGUCUGCCCGGUGCUCAACUGAUGAGGGCGUGCUAGACGCGGGCCAGUUGGGGAUAACGUUAGAUGUGUCCACCGGUGCGGCAGUUGGAGCAUUGGUCUCGGCGCCCUCAUUAUGACUGUUCUCGACGGCGGCCUCUGAAGCCGGCGCUACGGUACCUUGACUCGGGAGUGGGCCGUCUAAAGAGGUGGACUGUGACGGGGUAGAUGUGGUAGGCGUUGGGUUGACGGUCUGCCCUACGUUUCCACUACCUAACUCCGUGGAAUGAAGGGGAAGAAGAGUCCAACCUGGUGGAAGAGUAAGCCCUUCUGGAAGACGAGAGUCUCCAGCAGCUAAGGGUGUAGCCCCCGGAGCAGAGGCAAAUUGGCGACGCGAUGUGAUGGUUGAUGUGCCGGUUGGCAGAGUUGUCGUCAGCGUCGGAGACGUGGGUGCCGGAGCUUGCGGGUUGGCCUGCAAACGAAGGCGAUCCAGCUCCAUCUGAAGUUGGGUCACACGGCGUAACUGCUCUGCUGCAGCGCGCAGAGAGCUGAUUUCGUGUGCGAUUUGCUGCUCAAUUUGCUGUAAUUGGGCGUUGAUAUCUGCGGAGCUGGAGCCUAUUGUGUUCGGCGCGUGUUGGACGGGAGCUGGAGCGGGUGGACGGCGACCGAAACCAAGACCAAAGCCAAUUUGUCGCGCGCCGGGUGGAAUGGCAUUUGCGGGAGGUUGCAUUGGAGCAUUGCCUUGAUGAAUCUGCUGAUGAAGGUUGUGGAUAAGGUCGCCACGAACAGCGCCAAAGCCAAUACGGAAUGGACCAAAUUGAAAUACUCGAGCUCGAGGUAGUUCUCCUGGAGCGCCUGGCUGGCCAGGCAUUUGGUUUCCGCCAGCGCCGUUCGGUUGGGCGACACCUCCGACAUUUCCAGGUAGAUUAUUUGCAUCGGCAGCGGCUCCUUGGAGGCGCUGAGGCGCAACCACUGGGCGUCGACAAGUGGGACAGUUCUGUUGUCUUUCGAGCCAGCUACGAAGGCAUGCGAAAUGAAGGAUGUGUCCACAAGGGAGCUUCUUCGGACGCAAACGAUCAGGCACGCGUGGUGCGGCUGCGGCUGGCUGUGGAGCAGCCUCUCCUUCAGCCGCCACAGCGGGCUGAGUGGAAGUCAUUUCCUCUCGACAGAUGAUACAGACAUCUUCACGUGCAACCUCCUCGGCAGUGGCGUCAGGAUAUCGGUCAUUCAUGUCUCUCGUCGCGUUCCGAUACCGCAGGAAGUCCAUAAUACGACGGCCGAAAGAUCGCAUCGUCACGACUACAUCGCGUAGGAUGUGAAUCGGCAGACCAAAGAAGCGGAGGAGAAUGGCAAAGAAGACCAAGUAAACAACAAGUUUCAGGAAGUCUGUGAGCAGGUCAAGGUAGAAGACCCAGCGACCCUUCUCCUCCCACCCAGGAACGUCGAUCUCCAACUCGUUGAUGUCAUUCUCAUCGGGGAGGUCGGUAGGAGGAGAGCUUGCACCAGCGCGUGCGUGUUCCCGGAUGGCUUCGACACGAGCCGCUCGAAUCUCGGCUCGGCGUUCCUCCAUCUUCGCCUUGACCUGCUGAUGGGUGAUAUAGAUCUCCGUCAGGGCGAUACUGUAUCGAACGGUAGUCGAAGUUGACAGGAUGGUCAAGAUUGCGAACUCGAAUCCAAACAUGAUCAUCAUAUCCGCUCGCGCUUCCUCAAUGACGACGUUGACACAGUAUCGUAGCAUCGACGCAUUGAAGAGGACCGACAACACCAGCGAAGCUGCUAGGCGGAUAUGGAAGAGUCUUGGAUUUGCCGGGGGUUGUUGUUCCAGAUAUUCCACUCGUCCUUCACCAAUCCAUCCCCAGACUUUCCCGACCAGCAGUAAAACGAACAUGACCAGAAACCAACCUCCGAGCUCGCCUCGGAAGAUGGUCAUGGCGAGACAUGUUUCCGUCACGGCAAACCAUGCCCGCUCGUAGAGUUGUUCAGUUUCGAUAGGUCGAAGGGGCCCGUAUAGGAGUCGCUGUAGCCAGAAGAGGAUGAAACCGGUCGCAAGGAGGCAUAAGUUCGUUAGGAUCUGGAUAAUCGCAAGGCAAGGCGGAACGAAUC